AGCUCGUCAACCACCUCGGUAGCUUGCUAGCCAACAUAGCCGAAAGAUUCAAGCUAUUUAUACACUUUCGGUCCAUAUUUGCUGCUGUGUUUUAGACACACUUCUGUCGUAUCUACUUGUUUACCUAUUUAAUUUAAUAUUGCGUUAUUUUGUAUUAGAUAUAGCAGCUGGCUGGUUAAGUUAGCACUAGACUAGUCGCUAAUGAUAGAUAGCUAGCUAACAUCUCCGAACAUGAGCUCCCUAAACUACUCCCUUCCUGUUAAGGAAGAGGUCUGCUGGACGGAGAAAGAGGCUCUCGGGCUGAACAUUGUCGUGAAAGAGGAGACGGAAGAGGAGGAUGUCACAGUAAAACAAGAAGUUGGGGGUGAGGCUGUUACAGUGAAAGAAGAGAAAUACGUGUCAGUGAAAGAAGAGAAAGACUCGUUCAGAGUGAACGAGGAGGAGGAUGUCACAGUAAAAGAAGAGGAAGGGAAAGAGAAUGUAGUUUUUGGAGUGAAGAUGGAAGGGGAGAUUACUGUCACAUUGGAAGAUGAAGAUGAGGAGGAUGUUACAGUAAAAGAAGAGGAUGUUACAGUAAAAUAUGAUGUAGUUUUUGGAGUGAAGAAGGAAGGGGAGAUUACUGUCACAUUGAAAGAUGAGGAGGUGGAGAUAGAUCUGAUUAACACCAGAGAGAAACCAGACUCUGACAGCGGGGAGAGUCCUUCAAGGGAACCAGACCCAGAGACGCCCAAACCAGCGAGACAACACCACUGCUCUCACUGUGUUAAGAGUUUUUGCUGGUCAGGGAACCUAAAACUACACGAAAGAACACACACAGGAGAAAAGCCUUUCCAAUGUUCCCAGUGUGGAAAGAGUUUUACCAUGUUAGCUAACCUGAAAAGGCAUGAGAGAAUACACACAGGAGAAAAGCCUUAUCACUGUUCCCACUGUGGAAUGAGUUUUACUCAGACAGGGCACCUAAAAGCUCAUGAGAGGAUACACACAGGAGAAAAGCCUUUCCAAUGUUCCCAGUGUGGAAAAAGUUUUACUAAGAAAGGGCAAUUAAAAGAGCAUGAGAGAAUACACAAAGGAGAAAAGCCAUUCCAAUGUUCCCAUUGUGGAAAGAGUUUUACUCUAAUAGGAAACCUAACAAAACAUGUGAGACUACACACCGGAGAAAUGCCUUUCCAAUGUUCCCAGUGUGAAAAGAGUUUUGCCGUGUUAGCUAACCUGAAAAGGCACGAGAGAAUACACACAGGAGAAAAGCCUUACCACUGUUCCCACUGUGAAAAGAGGUUUAUUCAGUUAGGGGACCUAAAAGCUCAUGAGAGGAUACACACAGGAGAAAAGCCUUAUCACUGUUCCCACUGUGAAAAGAGUUUUAUUCAUUUAGGGUACCUAAAAGCUCAUGAGAGGACACACACAGGAGAAAAGCCUUUCCAAUGUUCCCAUUGUGAAAAGACUUUUACCAUUUUAGCUAACCUGAAAAGGCAUGAGAGAAUACACACUGGAGAAAAGCCUUAUCACUGUUCCCACUGUGGAAUGAGUUUUACUCAGACCGGGCACCUAAAAGCUCAUGAGAGGAUACACACAGGAGAAAAGCCAUUCCAUUGUUCCCAGUGUGGAAAGAGUUUUACUAAGAAAGGGCCGUUAAAAGAGCACGAGAGAAUACACACAGGAGAAAAGCCUUUCCAAUGCCCCCAGUGUGGAAAGAGUUUUCCUUGGUUAAGGAGCCUGAAGGAGCAUAAGAAGACACACACCAAAAAAGCCCUACCACUGCUCUCUCUCUGUGUGGAAGGACAUUUUCCCAGUCACAGAACCUGAAAUCACAUGAGACAAUAAAGGUGCUGUGUUCUGACUUCUUUUUUUUUGACUGAGAAUUUGUGUUUUUGUUUAUGCCACAUGAAAUCAUAUUAUUUAUGAUUAUACCUGUCUAUAUAAGGUCCUACAGUUGACAAUGCACGUCAGAGCAAACGCCAAACAAUGAGGUCAAAGAAAUUGUCCGUAGAGCUCCGAGACAGGACUGUGUUGCGGGACAGAUAUGGGGAAGGGUACCAAAAAAUAUCUGUAGCAUUGGAUGUCCCCAAGAACACAGUGGUCACCAUCAUUCUUUGAUUGAAGAAGUUUGGUACCACCAAGACUCGCACGGCCAACUGAGCAAUUGGGGGAGAAGGGCCUUAGUCUGGGAGGUGAUCAAGAACUCGAUGGUCACCCUGAUAGAGCUACAGAGUUCCUCUGUGGGGAUGGGAGAACCUUCCAGAAGGACAACCAUCUCUGUAGCACUCCACCAAUCAAGCCUUAAUGGUAGGGUGGCCAGACAGAAGCCACUCCUCAGUUAAAUGCACAUUACAGCCCGCUUGGAGUUUGUCAAAAAGACACCUAAAGACUCUCAGACCAUGAGAAACAAGAUUCCCUGGUCUGAUGAAACCAAUAUUGAAUUCUUUGGCCUGAAUGCCAAGCAUCAUAUCUGAUAUAAACCUGGCACAGCAUCAGGCUGUGAGGAUGUUUUUCAGCGGCAGGAACUGGGAUGCUAGUCAGGAUCGAGAGAAAGAUGGACGGAGCAAAGUGCAGAGAGCUCUAUGGUGAAAACCUGCUCCAGAGCACUCAGAACCUCAGACUGGGGCGAAGGUUCACCUUCCAGCAGGACAACGACCCUAACCACACAUCCAAGACAGCGUAGGAGUGGCUUUGGGACAAGUCUCUGAAUAACCUUGAGUGGCCCAGCCAGAGCCCGGACUUGAACCCAGUCUAACAUCUCUGGUGAGACCUGAAAAUAGCUCUAUCCCAUCCAAUCUGACAGUUUGAGAGAAGAAUGGUAGAAACUCCCCAAAUAUAGGAUGCCAAGUUUGUAGCGUCAUACCCAUGAAGACUGGAGGCUGUAAUCGCCAUCUAAGGUGUUUCAACAAAAUACGUAGUAAAAGGUCUGAAUACUUAUGUAGAUUUUUCAGUUUAUUAUUUUAAUAAAUUAGAAGGAAAAACGUGUUUUUGCUUUGUCAUUAUGGGGUAUUGUGUGUCAAUUGAGUAUCUAAAAAUAUAUAUUUUUAGAAUAAGGUUGUAACGUAACAAAAUGUGGAAAAAGUGAAGGGUUCUGAAUACUUUCCGAAUGCACUGUAUUGUUACACCAUGUAGGCGCAGUAUAGACCUUGUAUGUUCAUUAUAUACAUCUAAAUGAUGUAUUGUUACACCAUGUAGGAGCAGUAUAGACCCAGUCUGUUCAAAAUAUACAUCUACAUGAUGUAUUGUUACAACAUGUAACAGCAGUAUGGAGGUUAAAAAUGGUGGACAAAUUGUUGACACCCUUGAUAAAGAUGAGCAACAAUGACUCUAUAAAAUAAAGAAUUAAAAUACUGAGCUAUAGUGCAAUACAAUUGCUCAGAGAAAGAGAUUUAGUUUAACAUGUAAUUCUCAAAGGUAGGGGUCUGAAUUAUUGCCACCCAUGUUUUCAAUACUCCAGUACCUUCCCCUUGGGAGGAUAACGACACUCAAAUGUUUUAUGAGAUUAGAGAACACAUUGGGUGGGAUCUUAGACCAUUCUUCCAAACAGAAUCUCUCCAGGUCCUUGAUUUAUUUUGUAUGCGCUUAUGGACUGCACUGUUCAAUUCAAACCACAGGUUUUCAAUGGAGUUCAAGUCCGAAGACUGAAAUGGCAAUAGAAAGUGUUGAUUUUGUGCCCGAUUAACCAUUUCUUCGUGGAUGUUGAUGUGUCUUGCUAGAAUAUCAACUUAUGGCCAAGUAUCAGCCUCCUAGCAGAGAGGUAACCAGGUUUUGGGCUAAAAUAUCCUGGUAGUGGGUAAAGUUGAUUUAUUUUAAACAUACAUUUUUGCUCAUCUAUCUCAAGGGUAUCAAUAACUAGGUGCUUAUUUUGAUUUCUAGUUAUUUGACUGAAUCAGAAUUACAGAUGUGGAGUUGAUGUAGAGUCUGUUUUAAAUUGUCAUAAAAAAUCUGAA